AACGCACCUAUAAAUAAGUACUCCAUUUUACUUGGAAAUUGAACUUGCCGGGGCGGUGGUCUCUGUUUGUUGAACCACAUACAACUUGCUAUGUGCAUACACAUCAAAACCAGAGUUGGAUAGCUUCUAUAUCGCAGAAAAAAACCCAUAAAUUUUGCAGUGAGCUUAGCAGUUGAUUCAUCAUACUUGAGAGAAUUAUGAACCUCUCAUAUUCGUACUGGACUUAUAUCUGCUAUUGCAUCUUCUUCCCUCCCAUUUUCUCUUUUCUUUUUGUUCUUGGUAUCAUCAAAGGUUCUAUAUUCAGUCCUUUUGUGUUUCUUGUCAUUGCUUUUGGAGAUGCUGGAGUUGUUGUUGGGCUGUGGCCCCUCCAUUUAUUUUGGAGCAUCUACUGCCUUAUAAGAACAAACAAAUUUGGUCUUUACAUGAAAAUACUACUAAUUUGCUUAGUUCCGAUCCCAAUAGCAAUGUGGACAAUUCUUGGGGUUGGUGGAAGCGCGAUCAUGGGAGUUGGAUAUGGUUUUGUCUGGCCUGUUAUGGAGACAUUCAGGGCCAUCAGCAAGAAAGACUUACCAUUUCAUACGAGGUUGAGUAAAUGUUUCAUGGAUGGCACUUGGUCUCAAGUUCAGGGUGCCUGCACCAUCGUACGCGAUUUUGCUGAUUUUUCCUUCCACACAUACUUCUCGUUCAUGGAUGACCUGCUCGAUUCCAAGGGGGAGAGACCUAUUGAACUCAAGGUUUUGCAGUUGCCUGGAUGCCUUUUGGUUUCAGUUCUUGGGAUUGUGGUUAAUAUACCUCUGAUCUCUUUAAUAACUUUGUAUAAAGGUCCAAUCCUGCUGUUCAAAGGAUGGCAGCAAUUGAUACGUGAUCUUAUAGGGAGGGAAGGUCCAUUUCUGGAAACUGUUUGUGUUCCCUUCGCUGGGCUUUGGAUUUUGCUGUGGCCUGUCAUAGUGUUCUUUGCCAUUAUCGCCGGAAUAUUAUCGAGUGUCCUUAUCGGAAGUUAUUCUGCAGUUGUUGCAUAUCAGGAGAAUUCUACUUUAAGGGGCUUAAAGUUUGUAGUUGCUGCAGCAUCUGUGUAUGAUGAAUAUACAAAUGAUUUACUUUACCUACGUGAAGGCUCCUGCUUUCCAAGGCCUCAAUAUCGUGAGCGGGUUGAUUCAGCUACUUCAGUGCUUCCCGGUCUGAGAUUGCGACAACAGAUAGAAUCUGUUUAUGCUGAUGAACCUUUGAUAAAUUCUUCUGCGAACAUGCAGAAGCUAACGGUUGCUGUGAUAUGGGAUGAUUUCUUCAAAGCAUGUGAGAGUAUUGGGAAGGAGCUGCUUAAUACUGGAGCCAUUCAUAGUGAUGAUAUUGAGGGAUGGAAAAAGUCAAAGAACAAGAUAGUUAAUAUCGGGAUUCCUGCAUAUGCAUUUCUUGACUGCUUUCUCCGAUCUAUAAAGAAAGAAUCUACUGGCUUUCUCUUACGAAAUAAUGUUGAAAUUACCAGCGUAAAUAGACCGGAAGGAAGGAUUUUGGACUGGCUUUAUGACCCUAUGAGUGUCAUGAAGAAGCAAAUCAAGAAUCUUAAUCUACAAGAGUCAGAGGAGUUAUAUUUCUACAAGCUCUGUUUAUAUGGUGGCGACAAGGCAAGAGUUGAAUAUUGGCUGAAUGGUGGCAUAGCUCCUCAAGACGAGAUUAGAAGAGCUCAGUUGGAGGGUAUAAGUAGGAGGUUACAAGGGUUUUGUCUGACAAUAUCAAGGCUGCCAACAUCUCGUCGUAGGUUCGAUGAAGUAGUGAAAGCAAUAGAGCAAUCAAAACAUACAGAAGGCUAUGGUGUAGCAGAUAAUGAUGUAGAAGCUAAUCUUUAGAGGCAUUACUGUAAAUUGGGCUAGUUUUGAGUUACUGGUGGCUGUAAUGUCUUAUAGUCUUAUACUUGUAAGUUGAUUAAAGUAGCUGGAUUCAUGUAAACUUUAAUGCAACAGUGUCCUUUGCCUCUCUGUGAGAUAGAAGAUAAGAGAGCUCGGAAGGUGUGACAAACUUCAGGAUUUUUUUGUCACUUGAUGAUAAGACAUAAGUUGAGAAUGUAUGUGUUCAUAAUUUGGAAA